AGCUGAUGGGGGCAGGGGAGGAGGUGGGGGCCAGUAUUUCUUGGGCUAGUGAAUAACUGCCUGAGUCUUUGCAGUCUAGGCAGAGAAGACGCGAGUCCUUGGGGUAGGCAAGUCGCCUGGGCUGGGGAUGCCUGGGCAGAUGUGGAGGCAGUUGGAAAGGUGGCACCGCAGUUGGGUUGCUGGAGCUGCGCUGUUCCUAGGAGACGGAGGAGCAGCAAGCCUGCGGGGGAGGGGGAGCAACUGGGUUGCUGCUUUUAGCUGCUGAAAGGACUGCAGGGAGCUCUGGGUAAGACAUUUUCUGUUGCUGCUGCUUCUGCGGUAGAAGCUGCCGCUAGUAAGUCAGAGGAAGGAGGACCGAGAGGGAGGAGGCUUCAUUUGCAGCCAUGCUGAAUCACUGUUGCUGAUCAGAUCUCCUGCUGGUUGGCUGCGAAAACCGAGAACAGAGCUAGGAUCUCCGGGUGCAUGCACAAUUCAGCAGCUGCCACUCCCGCUGGGCCUUGCACAAUGGAGGCUGAAAGCAUCAAGCUGAGCUCCCUGUCCCCGAUACAGGCUGGGGAUGAUGAGAAGAACCAGAGGACUAUCACUGUCAAUCCUGCCCACAUGGGGAAGGCGUUCAAGGUUAUGAAUGAACUGAGGAGUAAGAAGCUGUUGUGUGAUGUGAUGAUUGUGGCAGAAGAUGUCGAGAUAGAAGCUCACCGUGUGGUCCUGGCAGCCUGCAGCCCCUACUUCUGUGCAAUGUUCACAGGUGACAUGUCUGAGAGUAAAGCCAAGAAAAUUGAAAUCAAGGACGUGGAUGGGCAGACACUGAGUAAGCUGAUUGACUAUAUCUAUACGGCUGAAAUUGAGGUGACUGAAGAGAACGUCCAGGUGCUGCUCCCAGCAGCCAGCUUGCUGCAGCUCAUGGAUGUUCGGCAGAACUGCUGUGACUUCCUUCAGUCUCAGUUGCAUCCCACCAAUUGCCUGGGCAUCCGCGCGUUUGCAGAUGUGCACACCUGCACCGACCUUCUGCAGCAGGCCAAUGCUUACGCAGAGCAGCACUUUCCAGAGGUGAUGCUGGGGGAAGAAUUUCUUAGCCUAAGUCUGGACCAGGUGUGCAGCUUGAUAUCCAGUGACAAGCUGACUGUUUCUUCAGAAGAGAAGGUAUUUGAAGCUGUGAUUUCGUGGAUCAAUUAUGAGAAAGAAACUCGUUUAGAGCACAUGGCAAAGCUGAUGGAACAUGUCCGUCUCCCUCUUCUACCUAGGGAUUACCUAGUCCAGACAGUUGAAGAAGAAGCUUUGAUUAAGAAUAAUAAUACCUGUAAGGACUUCCUCAUCGAAGCCAUGAAAUAUCAUCUACUCCCUCUGGAUCAGAGACUCUUGAUUAAGAACCCCAGGACCAAGCCCAGGACUCCAGUCAGUUUACCCAAGGUCAUGAUUGUGGUCGGUGGCCAGGCACCCAAGGCGAUCCGCAGCGUGGAGUGCUAUGAUUUCGAGGAGGACCGAUGGGACCAGAUUGCUGAGCUUCCUUCCAGGAGGUGCAGAGCAGGUGUGGUGUUCAUGGCUGGCCACGUGUAUGCUGUGGGCGGGUUUAACGGCUCACUGCGUGUGCGGACAGUGGAUGUGUAUGACGGUGUGAAGGACCAGUGGACGUCCAUUGCCAGCAUGCAGGAACGCCGGAGCACGCUGGGGGCAGCCGUGCUCAAUGACCUGCUCUACGCCGUGGGAGGCUUUGAUGGCAGUACUGGCCUAGCAUCGGUGGAAGCGUACAGCUACAAGACCAACGAGUGGUUCUUCGUGGCCCCAAUGAAUACACGGCGGAGCAGUGUGGGUGUGGGUGUCGUGGAGGGAAAGCUCUAUGCUGUUGGGGGUUACGAUGGGGCUUCCCGCCAGUGCCUGAGCACCGUGGAGCAGUACAACCCAGCGACCAAUGAGUGGACAUACGUGGCGGACAUGAGCACCCGCCGCAGUGGCGCAGGGGUUGGGGUUCUCAGCGGACAGCUGUAUGCCACAGGUGGGCACGAUGGGCCCUUGGUGAGGAAGAGCGUUGAGGUUUAUGAUCCUGGAACAAACACCUGGAAGCAGGUGGCAGACAUGAACAUGUGCCGACGCAAUGCAGGGGUCUGUGCAGUGAAUGGGCUCCUGUAUGUGGUUGGAGGGGAUGAUGGAUCCUGCAACCUGGCUUCGGUGGAGUACUACAAUCCUGCCACUGACAAAUGGACGCUGCUGCCAACCAACAUGAGCACGGGGCGGAGCUACGCAGGUGUUGCUGUGAUUCACAAGCCCUUGUGACCCCCACCUCCCACUUCCAGGACGUGGGGUGAGGGAGGGGUGCUGCCUGGGACUCAAAAGAGAAAGGGUCAUGAUGGCUGGAUCCCACUUGGCUGGAUCCCACUCGCUGGGAGAGUCUGCAGUGGAGUGAGAACCGCCCUCCUCUGACUUGGCAGAGUGGAGUCUGGAGUGAAGACUGGGCCCCACCUCAUGCACCUCUGAGAGUGUUUGGCCUCUACCCCGAGCAGUGGGUUCUGGUAGCUUUGGGCUACAGGGAGAACGUGUGUCUGAGAAUGUGGAUGGAUGUGUGUGUGGGUCAGAGAGAGUGUUGUGUAUAUGUGUGUUUAGAACAUGAUAUCUCACUAAGUUUGGGGUGGGGUGUGACAGUCUACUGGAUUUCUGAACUACUGAUCCUUCCGCUGUGCUAAAAAUCAAAUCACAGACACUCUCUUCCUGUGGGCACCUGAGACUACUGCCGCCUCUGUGUCCUGGAGGGCAGGGAUGCCAAGAAAUGACUGGCAGGAGAGGCAGUGCUCUGGCCAUGCCCACAUGCUGGCCUUGACUCUGGCACUGUCGGCAGAAGAGAUGAGCAUUCUCGAAGCUGCUCUGUGACUUCUCUGUACUAGAACUAGGAGCACGCGGGUGCCCUGCCCCUCAGCUGGCUCUUCCUUGGUCUCUCCUACAGGAAGCACACAAGAGCUGCUCAGUCUUUGGACCACUGGUUUUUGAUGUCAUGAAUUCCAGGUUUGGGAAGUUUGUGUCUCUUCAGCUAGCUCUUCAGAGAAGCCCCAAGUAACACACUAGGAAAAAAUAUACGAAAAACAAAAACCAAAGUGGGAAGGCUUCAGUCCCUGCCCACAAAGGUCUCAGAGAGAAUCCUACUUCUGGAUUUUUCCGGGAUAUGCAAGUCCCCAUUAUAUUUAUUAUCCAGAAGUAAUUAUUCCCAACAUCCUUUUUACCAUCGAAAGUGUUCUGAUAUGGAGGAUAAGUGAAAGGUGACCCUACCUCCAACCCGCAGCCUGGUUUGUCCUGCACCGGAUGGGGUCGCAUGUGCUUCAGACGGUCAUGGAUGGAAGGAGUGUACCAGCUGGGCUGCUCGUUGGCACUUCGUGAUGGUGGUCAAGCCUGUCUCAGGUCCUUGUCUUCCUUUCCUUGUGCUCUGCACCCUCUCUCCAGCCCUCAGAACACUCCCUUCCUCCUUGCUUCCCCUGUGGGGAAGGAGAUGGUAGGCUCCGGAUGUGUGAUCUCUCUCAGAGGGACCUGCAUUUUAAGAGAGGAGCUAAAGAGAAUUUUGCUAGUCCACAGGUAAAAGUUAUUAAAGACAGAACUUCAAGAAUCUGCAGGGAGGUAUUUGAGGGGGCACAUAGUCAUUUGCAUGAAAAAUAACCUUAAAGCUGUGCUGCUCCUAAAUUAGCAAGUUGCUUAUGUUGGGAUUUCUGGCAUAAGGAGGGGAAGUCUUGUGUCUGGGGUUUAACCUUCCAUGAUGUUAGGGUCCGCCCAGAGGGAGCCGAGGGGCUUAUGAGCCUGAUACUGGACUUUUGAUACAUCUGGGCUCCUUCCAAGCAGAUGUUGUAGGAGACCAGCAUUCCCUCCACCUCCUGCUCACAAUUGGAAACGCAGGAUCUUCCCCGCUAGUUGGCCACUUUGUGUAUUUACAGGAUAUUGUGCACUAAACACUGAACUCUCUUGAAGAUGAAACUUCUGAUGUUGAGCAGAUGUCAUUUCAAUGAGACAUUUGGAGAGGACCAAGGCACCCAGAAUUUCUUGGGAAGAGGCCAGAAAUACCAGAUUUGGUGGGGCCGGGAGAAAUGCCUCCAGGGGAGUUGGGGCGCACUUUGAGUUGGUGCCCGGCUCUCACUGGCAGGGAGGCACGGAGACAUGGAGACACAGAGACAUGGAGACGGCUAGUUCUAGAGCUCUGCCUGGCUCUGGGUUGGAAGCUGAUGGAAUGAGCUUUUUGUUCCAAAUGUUCUUCCUCCGUCUCUGAGGAAGGUUAGGGACUUAGUUGUGUGUGUGUGUGUGUGUGUGUGUGUGUGUGUGUGUGUGUGUGUGUGGUGGGGAUGAGGGUGAGGUUGGGUCUGAUGUGUGCUGUUCCCACAGCUGGUUUGAGAUCCCAACCCCUCCCCUACACGUAGCAGCUGGACUUCUACUCUGUGUGGGAGAGGCUGCUGUUUGCGUGUCAUCUUCCCAGAGGGUCCCUUCCCUGAAAGCUAGCCAUGUUUCCUGCUUUUGGGCUUUUGCUAUUGGUUCCCCCUCCCUCCUCCCUUCCAAGGAAGCACUGCCCCUACUGGUGGUGCCGCUGAGGCCAUGUUCAUUUUCUCCUCGUGCCCUUUCUCCUGGGGACUGGGACACUGGUGUGUCAUCACUAAAAACUGCUCUAACUGCCCACAGAUGCCAUAAAAACUAGAUGCCUCUUUGUCACCAGGUACUAUUCUCUCUCCACUGUGGACACAGCAGACUUAUUUCAAGUCUGUGCUGGUCAUGUGGUAGAUGAACCCCCGACCCCCGUUCAGGUGGCCACAGCUACUUGUGAAUGCAGCCUUGCCAGUGGUUUGUCUGAAAUCCGAUCACAGUCAUGAAAUGGAAUUGCGGCCCAAGGUUACAAGCAGCUUAGAUGCCACUUGGAUACUGAUUUGGACUACAUAGAAGUCAGACUGAAUUCCAAAGUAAUUUCUCAUACGUACCCAAUGGCAUCCCUCCAUCUAAAAGUUGCAGUAUUAUGCAAAUGAAAGUGACCUCAUCUUCUCUAUGCAAUAAGAAUACUUCAUUUUGUUUCAUGGCACACCAGUUGCAACAUCCCUUAAGAUGCUUUUUGAGCUGUCUUACUUUUGAUAUCUGUUGUGUGAUGUUCGUAUAUUCCUGAGCCAGAUCCUUUAAGAGACUGCCUUUUUAUAAAAUCGAAGCUAUAGCAUUCAGGCAAAAAUUUAAUGUAGGUAUUUUUAUAAGAUAAUUUUUCAGGAUAUUUGACUUGCUUUUUGUUGUCCAUGAUAAUGAAAUGUUAUGUUCUGUCCGUCAUUCCCUAUGUUUAAGAAACAUAGUCCAUGCCUAUAGCUAUCUUCCCUUCGUUUCUCAUGUUCCCAAAACGGAUUUUCAGUGGCUCCAGGUAGAAAACACAAUCACCACCGGUGUUUCUUGAAACCCUUGGGGCUCACGUUAAGCCUCCUCAGCACUCAGCCAUCUGCGUCUGCUCUUUUGGAGUUUGCUUCCUGCAGUGGUGAGGCUGGUGGGCUCUCCCUGCCUGGCACAGCCUGGUCACUGUGGCGUGGGGAAGCCCCAGCAAAAGGCCUGCCCCCCAGCACCUGCUCCCAGGAGUGUCCUAGGUCCAGUAGACCCAUCCUCAUUCUCUUCCAUCUCCUUGUUCUUCUGGAGCUUCCAGCAGCGUAAGGCUCUUGCUGCCGGGUGAUGCCCCUUGGGAAGCCUGUUGCCUGUGAACUUUAUAGGAGGGUCACUCUCAUGACCCCAGGAAGAAUGUGUCAAGCAUGUGCUCCCUGGCUGCUCACACUACACUUACAAAAGUACUUGUUUUGGGCUGUGUCUACACUCUAGGUCUCUUUUGUGUGUUUAUCUGUCAUUAGCCUCAUUAAAAAUACUUUAUUUUUAUUACUACUGGGACAGGUGCCAUUUGAAUUGCCUCCAUGCUCCCCAUUUGCACCUUGUUGGGUCUAGCUGGGAGGCUGAACAAACUCAUUCCAGCCAGCUGGAGUUUUCAAGUGCUUGCCUGGAGAAGCAAGGCGGCUGGAAUGUAUUUUCUUUAAGUGUUUGCACUAUUCAGAGUUCUAAGCCCUCACGCCUAGCUGUGCUGGGUACCUACUGACCAAGCAGGGGAGCUGGCAGCACUGCCCGCCUUGGGGACGGAGAGGCUUCUCCUGCGACGGAUGAUCACGCCUCGCAGCCUGUGCGGCCUCGUCGUGGGACUCAGUGACUCAUGGAUCAGCCACGGCAAGAGCACCCGGGACUGUGGCAUUUGGAGAAACAAAUCGCUCUAGUGCUAUGUUCUUGCCUUUGGUUAUGACUUUAAAAUUCUUUCCCUCCCUUUUCACCGGCAAUAAAGGACCCUCGUUGGACUUAAUUUGUAUAUGACGUGUAAAAUACUUCCUUUGAAAGGAGACUCAAGACACUGAAUGUGUAUGUCUGUGUGGGUGCACUCUGUCUGUGAUUGUCCAUGGGCAGGCAGACUUGACCACUGACAGCCAUCCAAUACAUUGCAUAGGAAAGGCCCUUGUCUGGUGUUUUCUGCUCGGACAUUAGGGGCUGUCUGUGUUGUAAAAGAACACUCAUCACAUGCUCUCUGAAGAAACAGUUCCUUGGAUGUAUUAUUUUAACAGGAAUCAUGUUCUAGUUUCCCACACUUUGUUACUUUCAUUUUAAUAAAAGCUGAACUGUGAGAACCUU